AGAUCAUUUCGGGUCCUUUCCGCCUAACGUGUGACCUGUUCACGGGUUUCACGCUCCGAUGGACACAUGUGUGAUGGGUACCGUACCAUUGACGGACUCCGAAUGGCUGGUGGAUGCGGUGGCCGCGCUCAACGGAGUUUACGCACAACUUCAUCCCUAUGUAGCUGUGGCUUUAUGUCUUGCAGGCACAGCAAUGAAUGCCGUAACAAUCGUGGUUUUGACCCGACCGUCGAUGUUGUCUCCUAUUAACGCGAUUCUUUGCGCUGUUGCUAUCUGUGAUAUGCUUGUGAUGAUGUCGGUCCUCAUAUUUGUCUCACAUUUUCUCAUAUCAUCUAGUUUCAGAUGUGAUCCAGAUGAUUAUAAUAGGAUGUGGGCAUAUUUUCUUUUUGCUCAUUCACAGAGUACUGUAAUUCUGCAUGCGACUAGCAUUUGGCUCACGGUUUUGCUCGCACAAAUACGUGUCUACACUAUAAAACGUGCAACGGCUGGACCAUCGGAACAAAUCACUGCCCGAGCAACCUGUUUUAUUGCACUUGUGACACUUAUAGUCGUGGCUAUAGUAAAUAUUCCAAAUUUUAUGACAUUUGAGAUUGUAGAAAUGGAAGCCGAACUAUAUCUACCUUGCCUCAAGUCUAUAGAAACCGACGAGAUUUGGGAUGCUGAUAGUUCUGUAGAAAUUCCUUCGAAUGCAUCAACUCAAAAGAUAUAUAACGUGAGGCCAUCAUCAGAAAUGGACUGUCGAACUUUGAAGAUAGCAUUUUGGACAAACGGCCUCUUGUUCAAAGUCGUUCCCUGCAUUUUGCUCACUGUAUCAAUCAUUGCCUUGUUGAAAAUUAUUAAAGAUUUAUCUAUGCGGAGGAGAAGUCUUGCGCAGAUAAUGAAUAAAAAGCGGAUGCCUCGAGAUCAUACCACCCCGAUGCUAGUAGCCGUACUGUCGAUCUUUCUUAUAGCUGAACUUCCUCAAGGAAUUCUGCAUGUGUUCAAUGCAGUCUACUCUAAUGAUACUUUCUAUCAGAAGAUUUAUCUACCCCUUGGCGACCUCAUGGACUUAUUAUCGCUUCUCAACUCAGCAGUCAAUUUUUUGAUAUACUGUGCAAUGAGUCGGAAGUUCCGCAGCGUCUUCCUCCAAAUAGUCCUCAGCUGUUUACCUGUUACUGUCUACAGACGAAUCCUGAAAGACUGGCCAAAGCUAGCAGAUGUGGAUUCCUCUCGUCCUAAACCUUCGGGAUUUACGACGGAUCUCACUAAAACGGAGCAGUUUAAGCUAGCGUUGACUUCACAUCGCGUCUCAGCCACAUCAAUGUUGUUACAUGCGGCAUGCAAAGAGAGUUCGUCGAAAAUGUAUACUGGGAACUUGUUAUCUGUGGAAACACCCGCCCCACGAAUGAGCUUGGACUCCAGAUCGGGUGCAAAUUCGGCUAGAAACAGCUUGGAAAUCCAUGAAAUUCGGCUUGCUGUCCCAGGUAAAAGCAAGCCGUCGUCCCCAUUGCCAAAUCCGAUUUCUACUAUUCGCAAGUUGUGGGAGACAACAGCAAAUGUGGUCGAAAGCAGUCCUCAGCGGCGGAUCAAUCUCAUCCAGUGUGAAACUCAAUACUAACUAGAAUUGAUCGCUUGUAUUAAAUACAUAAUUUCUCAACUAGAAAACGGGUUUAUAUGUUAUACCGAAGCUCGCAUGAACGGGUUAUUGAACAUUGCGUAUAACGUGCUGGACAGAGAAAUAAAUGUUGGU